AUGAUUAAAAAUGUUUACCUAUUUUUGGUUUAUGCAAUUUAUUCGCUUCAUAUGUUUUCUUUAUCAUUAAGAAUGCAAAAAAAUUUGUUCAAGUAUAUUACACCUAUAUCAAGCAAACUUAAUUUAACGAAAAUUCGAAAAAUCAAAUUAUUUAGAAAAGAAAAGCACAGAAAACAAGUUAAUGUCUUUAACGAUGUUGUAAAUAAAUACAUAGGUCUCGAUUUGUUUUUCAAAAAACUUAACAAUGUAACAAACAACGAGGAGAAACUAAAUUACAUAAAUUUUUUGCAUAAGAUUGUUCAGGACAAAACAUGUGAACGUCUGCUCCUUAGUAAUAAUUAUAUGAGAAUAAUUAUUUAUAUAUUAAAUGAGAAAUUUUUAAAAUUAACAAAAAAUGAAGAAAAAACGGAAAAUGUUGAUUAUCAAUUAAUUUAUAAAUUUUUAUUGAUAUUUAAAAAUUUAACAAAAUAUAAAAAAUUUUAUCAUGUUAUUCUCAGCGAUUAUACACAUAAAAAUGUGAAAAUAUCCUUACUGUAUAUUAUUAUGAAUAUUUUAAAUGAAAAGAGGAACAAUGAAAAAUACAAAGAAGCUAGUUCAAUUUUUAAUUAUUUCACAUCAUUUUUUAAAUACUCAGAUGAUAGUGGGAAUAAAAAUAUAACUGAAGACACUUCAAAUGUUGAUGAAAAAAAAAGAAAAAACAAAAACAAAAACGAAAACAAAAAUGAAAACAAAAACGAAAACGAAAACCAAAACCAAAACCAAAAAGGUGAUAUCGAUGAUAUUAGAAAUAAGAUAUAUCAUGUAGGUAAAAGUAUAUUAUUAAAAUUAAAGGAAGAAAAAAUAAAAGUAGAAAACAAAACAAAUGAAAAGCAGUGGAAUUGUCAGAAGGAGGGGAUGGUUAAAGAAUGGCAAGAAGUAAAAAAAGCUUCAACAUCCAACAACAAUUAUGAAAAUGGUAAGGAUAUCGCAAAUGAGGGGAAACAAACUAAACAGAAUGAACAAAACAAAAAGGACGUAAAUAAUCAUCAUUAUGAGAAUAAUGAUAAUAAAAGGAAUGAUGAUCUUAAUUCCUACAAUAGGGGUGAUAUCGUAAGGGACAGUAACAUUAUGAAACAAAAAAGUGAAACGCAAAGUUGGAACAGUUCUAACGGUAUCAUAUUAAAUCCAAAAAAAAACAUAGAUGAAAUAGAUAACAACACAGAUAAUAUACUUAUUGAUAUAAAAAGAAAUAAAAAAAAUAUAAACAAUGAAAGGAAGGAAGUUGACUACAAAACGGUGAGUGGUGACCAUGAGAAGGAACGAAAUAAUUCCAAAGUAGAUGACAGUGAUACGCAAAAUUACAAAGAAUUGGAGGAGCAGAAAAAGAAUGCAAAUAGGAGCAGCGAAAUAAAUAGUAUAAACGAAAUAACAAAUAGCGAGGAAGGUAGUGUACUAUUUCUUCCCUUCUACUUUAAUAAAAAUUCGAAAGACAACAUUUUAACGAGUAUAAUAGUAAAUUUUCAAAAUAAGGAAGACAUAAUUGUGUACAAAAAAAUAGCGAAAGGCAGGAUGAGCGAGAAUGGAACGGAUAGGGUGAAGAAAAGAAAUAAUGUGUUCGACUAUAUAGGGAAUGAGUACAACUGCAAUAAUUAUUAUGAAAUUUAUGAUAACUACGCGGAAGAUGAUCAGGAUAUAUUAAAAUAUGAAAAAAAUAAGAAUAGGAAAAAAUUGCAAUUAAGAGAACAAAAGGAAGAGGAAAAGGAAAAUGAUGGUAAUAGAAACACAAUAGAUGAAACAAAUGAAGAGGGUGAAGAAGAAGAAAAGGAGGAAGAUGACGAGGGAGAGGUAGAGGAUGAACAGGAAAACAAUGAAGAAGAUUCAAAGACAGAUGAAAAAGAUAAAGUAGAAUACGAGAAUAAAUAUGAUGAAAAUAAUGUUAAUAUUGUGUUUAAUGACUACGAUAUUAAUGUAAAAGACAUGGAAAAUAAAACAGAUACCAAAAUUAAUGUAAGUAGUGAAAAUAAGAGUAAGUACAUAAACAUGGGAUUACUAAUUUUGGUUCGAAAAAAAAUAAAUACUACGGAGGAACAUAUAAUUUUGAAUAAACAGAAUAAUCAAAUAAAUGAAGAAAUGAGUAACUCCAAUGCAGGGAGCAUUACCGAUAGCAAUAAAAAAGGAGAAUGGGACAAGUCGUCAGCUAUCAACUUACCAAGCCUGGGAAAACAUAAUUUAUUUAACUAUUUAAAUAUAUAUAAAUACAUAAAUAACUUGGAUUUAAAGUUUUCUUUAUUCAAAAGGAAUGAAAAUAAAAGUAAGACAAUUGAGGGGUAUGAAGAUAUAUACAUAAAAUACGACAACACGAAAGAGAAGAAGAAUAUGGAAAGCUAUGUUCUUAUUGGUAUCAUGAAUUUUAACAUGGAUUUGAUUAAAAAUUUCAAAGCACAGAGUGAAAAUGUAGUCAAUGAUACUACUAACAAUAGUGUAGGAAAAAAUGGAAAUUCUAUAAAUAUUACAAACCCGUAUAUAAAUUUAACUCUACUAAAAAAUUAUGUCGAAUCUUUAUUCGUAUACCUAAAUUUAAAUGACUACUUCACUAAUAAGGUGCUAAAAUUGCUGUAUGAAAUUUUAAUAGAAAAUAAGAAUUCAGUUAUUUAUAAUUUAUAUUAUUAUACUAUUAUAAAAGAAGAAAAUAUGAAGAAAAUUAUUGAAAUAUUGUCAAAAAAUAUAAGAAAUAAUUUACAUAAAGCAAAUACAACUCUUAUACUUAGGAUAUUGUAUAUAUUAUGUUUUCAACAAUCGUUUUAUAUAAAUGUAAUAGAAAAAAAUGUUAAGGGAAAAGAUAAUUAUUUACUUCUUUAUAAAAAUUUAUCAAAAUAUAUUGAAGAUAUAAAGAUGGGGAACUUUAUUAGAGAAUUACAAAAAAAUGAAGAAUUAAUUGAAUGCUUGAAAUUCUUAACUCUAUUUUUUGAAAAUAAAUACAAGAAACAAAAUUCUUUUUACAUAUCAGAUGAAAAGAAAGAACAGUUUUUGUAUGAUAAUAAAGUGGUAAAAAAAAAACUAAAUAAUAUUUAUAAUAGACAUUUUAUAUGUGAAUAUAAAGAUUUAAUAAUCAUAAGGAAGACAAAUAUAAUAUUAAAAUCUUUAGGAGUUAAUAUGUUUGAUCUAUACAAUGACAUCAUUUUUACUGAUAGGGAACAUAAAACACACGAAUAUUUAAUGAAAGAAAAUGAUAUCAAAAGAAAUAUUAUUACUUAUUUUACUGAUAAUGUUAUAAGAUAUUUUGUCAAACUUAAAAAAUAUAUUAUCCCUAAAAGUGUAAUGCUUCUAAAUAAGGAACAAGCUAAGGAAAGUAAUACAUACCCAUCCGUGAGAAACCAACAAUAUGGGGAAGUAAAACAGCAUGUGGAUAACCAGAGGAAGGAAGAUCUUACAUAUCAAGAGAAAAUGUCAAUGAAAGGUAAGACCGAUGUAAGAAUUGAACAAACGAAGAAUAAUUCUUCGACUGUUCAGGAAAAAAUGAGUGAUCCUCCUAGCAGCACUGCUUAUCCCAGUGAUGAGAUUUCCAGUGGAGGAGGCGCUGUUACUUCCUCUACGGAAGCUGCUACUACUGGAGCUACCACUGCUAAUUCCGCUAAUUGCACUUAUCACUCAGAUGAGGAGAAAAAGAGAAGGGAAAAAAAAUACUUUUACAAUUUAAACAACAAGGAAUAUAUAAGUUUCGAUAAAUUUAGAAACAUUGUAAUAGCACUGAAAAAAAAAAAAAAAAGAAAAUUAAGAAUUCUAUGUCUUGAUGGUGGAGGUAUUAGAGGAUUGUUAUCAAUAGAAAUAUUAAAAUGUAUUAAUAGUCAUUUAAAAAAAAACUUGUUUGAAUAUUUUGAUAUCAUAUGUGGAACAAGUACAGGAGCAGUCAUUUCCAUUUUAAUAGGUUUAGAGAAGGCGCACCUAAAUGAAAUCGAGUUUUUGUAUAAUAUACUAAUUAAUAAAAUAUUUCAAAAAGAUACAUAUGCUGUAAGAAAUACAAGAUAUUUAUUAAAACAUUCUUACUAUGAUUCACACAUUUUAAAUGAUUUAUUAAACUCCUUUUUUAAAAAUAUUAGAAUGUUUCACUAUAAUUCAGACUUCUUUACUCCGUACGUUUUUACUGUAUCAACUCAAAUGAAUAUCACCCCUUUACAGCCUGUCAUACUAAAAAAUUACAAUGUUAACUUGAGGAAAAUAGGAAAUUAUCAAGAGGGAGAUAAAAUAAAUUAUGACUCUGUUCAGGAAGGAAAGGGUUCAAAAAAUGAGGACAAUGAAGCAUAUGAAUAUUUAAAUAAUGAUGUAGGAAGUGGUGAAGGAAGCAACAACAGCAGAAGCACUAUUCAAAUAAAUGAGAACAUAAGUAGUGUGAGCAUUUACAAAUGCUUCUACAACAUCUUUGUUAAAUAUGUACUCAGGUGCACUACUGCCGCACCAGGGUUUUUCAAUUUUUUUUCCUUUGAUAAUAAUAUAUAUGCCGAUGGAGCAUUAUGUUUUAAUAACCCUACUUUACUAAGUCUUAAUGAAAUGAAAUUGAUUUUUUACAACUAUUUAAAUAAAAAAAAAACAAGUAUUUUUGAUAAAAUGAAAAAUUGUUUUUUAAAAAAUGAAAAAGUAAAAGAGAAAGAAAAAGAAAAAGCCAUCAAUUUGAAUGAUUAUAUUGACUGUAUUGUAAGUGUAGGCACUGGUAAAUUUAAACCAAAAAUUAUAAACGAGUUAAAUGACAAUAAAACGUAUGAUACAUUUUUACGAUGGGAUGUUUUGUUAAAGCAAAUUGUUUAUUCUAUAACAAACACGGAACUGACACAUGAUAUAUGUAAUAAUUUACUUGAUAAAAACAAAUACUUUCGUUUCAAUUGUUUCAUUAACAAUAUAAAGUUAGAUGAGACUUCACCUGAAAUUAUUAUGAAAUUAAAACAUAUUGGAAAAAGAUAUUUCGAGGAUCAUAAAUAUAAUCAAGAAAAAUUAAUUAACUUAAUAAAUAUUUUAGAAGAAAAAGAUGAUAUAAAGGAAUAUCAUCAGAAUCAGAAACGAGUAUGGAAACCUUCCUACAUUAGUUUAUUCAAGUCCAAAAUUUCAAAUUUAAUUUUUCCUAACGAACAAACAUUUGAUCAUAGGGAUUCUCCUCCCAUCCCUAACCUUAAAACGAUGCAAGGGAACGAUAGUGCUAUUUCAAAAAGUAGUGCCGACACUAAUGCUACCACUACCAUUUGCAGUAAUAACAAAGUAUCCCCUGAUCAAAGGAAGGAUGAUACAAAUUCAUUGACCCAUGGAUCUAGCACAAACAUGACAAUGAACAUGAUAAAUAAGGAGGGAAAAGCGAACCCUAACUCAGUCCCCUACCGAAAUUUUAAUUUCAAAUUAACUGAUGACGGUGAUAAAUUUGAUCUGAACGAUAUUGAAGAAAUAUUAGAUAUAAUAAAUAAAAACAAUAGUUCAAUUAAAAAUACAAACACAUCUAACGGUUUCUUUAACUAUUUUACAAAUCUGUUUUAUUAUAAUAAUAAUAAGUUUCUUAAGAAGUUAGAAAAUAUGCACAACAGUUUAUUCAUUCGGAUGAAAAGGGAAAAAAACAAUUAUGUUAAUGUUAUACCUAACACGGGUAUUAGGGUAUUACUAAAUGAAAUUUACUAUAUUCUGCUAAAGAAAAAUAUUUAUUUCCACACAGAUGAACAUGAUUCAUUAGCCGACCUUAAUCAGAAAGACUACAACAUCAACAUUGAUAAAAUUAUUCCAUACGAUCGAGUCAAUUCCAAGGAAUCUAACUUGAACGGGCAAGAACAAAAUGGAAAAAUACAAAACGAAAAAAAGUUAAAUAGCCAAAAUAUAGGUGAACAAAAAUUUGUAGAAGACGAAAGAGCUACAAAAAAUGUAAGUAAAGACAAGAAUAAUAGUAACACAGACGAAUAUUACAGUAGUGAAAGCGGUUUGUAUGGUGUAGAUGCGAAUAAGCACAAUACUAAGGGCGCCCCAAGUACUAGAAGUAAUGACAGUGGUAAUAACAGCAAUAGCGACACGAACAACCAUAAGCACAUGGCUACAUGUGAAGGAUACAAAAAUACAGAAGGAAGUGAUCCAUACAAUUCUGUGCAGCACCCAUUAGACACCGCUAACAAGGAAGUGUUAAAUGAAGAAAAUAGUCUAACCAAUAUUGUUGACAAUCCUCAUAUAAAUAAAAAAAGAAAUUUUAAAAAUAUUAUGAGUUCGUGCAAUAUGAACUAUGAAUUUUUUAAAUCAUUAAAUAUAGAAUCAUCUGAUGUUAAAAAAAAUAAUAUAAUACAGGUCUUAAGAAAUUUCUUUUUUAAAAAAGAUAUUUAA